AUGUCCUGUUUACAUUUCGGCGGCACUCUUCGUUGGAACCUAACUGGUAUACGAAUCGCAGGCACUGGAGUAGCUGGGGAUACCCCUGCUCAACUGCGUCAACCUCGAUGUUUAUACAUUGAUGCAAACGAUAUUUUAUACAUUUGUGAUUACAACAAUAAUCGUAUUCAAAAGUGGAUUAUAGGAGCUUCGAAUGGUACAACAGUGACAGGCAACAGUAAUGGCAAUGCUGGUAGUAAUUCGUUUCAGCUUGACCAUCCGACGGGAAUUACGUUUGAUAAAUAUGGAUACAUGUAUGUUGCUGACUAUGAUAACCAUCGUGUGCAGCGUUAUGCACCCAACUCAUCGAACGGCACGACUGUUGCUGGUACAGGUAGCCCCAAUGUUGCAACUACUAAUCUCAAUCAACCCACGGCCAUUAUUGUCGAUGACGAAUUGAAUAUGUUCAUUACUGAAAACGGCAAUAAUCGACUUGUGUUUUGGCCAUUUAAUGCAACAAAUAGCACUAUUCUAAUUAAUGGUAGAAGUGGCGGAACAGCUAGUGGUGAGCUUAGCAAUCCAUAUGAUCUCAUAUUGGUCAACACCUCUGGGAAUCAAGUAUAUCUGAGUGAUCCAGCCAAAGAUCGCGUCCAGUUAUGGACAUUUGGAGCAGGUGUCGCCAAUGAAACAUUUUCUACAGCUUAUGCACUUAAGCUGAGUACGCCAAGACAGAUUAAGAUAGACCCGUAUGGCAAUUUAUAUGUUGCUGAUUCGCUCAGGCAAAGAGUGGUAGUAUUUUGUGCCAAUUCAACGACCGGCUUCCUGGUAGUUGGACGUAAUACAAACAGUACACCUACCUUCGACGAUCCAAGUGGUAUUGCAUUCGACUCACAACUUAAUUUGUAUGUUGCUAGUUCCAAUAAUCAUGAAGUAUUGAAAUAUGAACGAGUUUAA